AUGGGCCUGUUAUUAUCCCGUAUCCAGGAUAUCAUUUCUUCCACCGUUGAGAUUAUUCGCCGCUUGGCCUGCAUGGGAGUGGACUGGGUCACGGUUCACUGUCGGACAUCCAGCCAGCGCAGUAGCCAGCCUGCCUUGCAUCAUCUCCUUUCCGAAGUCAUUGCCGCUGGCCGCGGCUCAGCUUCCCAUUUGGCCACUGGCUGCCCUCUCCCCAUCAUCCUUAACGGCGAUAUCCAGUCUAUGGCCGAUGCUGAUCGCGCCUGGAGUAUGACUGGCUGUCAAGGAAUCAUGGUUGCUCGUGGUCUAUUAUCAAGUCCCUGGCUUUUUGACGCCUCUCACACUGGCUUAACGGCCGUCUCCUCCGGACAUGGCCAGUUUAUUGCAAAUCGAGAUUUGCUCAGCUCGUUAGAUUUAUUGCUUCUCAAGCGAGCCGUAAACACUUGGAUUGAUCUUAAUCUUCGGCAUUCUGACAGUGGUCGCAAUUUCGUAAGCUUGCAUCGCCAAGUCUAUUGGAUGCUAGAAGCCUGGCUUGAUUCCACGCGACGUCGUCUCUUGCAUAGCUUGACCGGAUUCUCUGGUUUAAUCGACUGGCUAGACGAUUUUUGGCCUCUCCUAGAGUUUAGUUUUGAUACAAGACAGCCACUCCUCUCUUCUAUGUCUUCUUAUUCCUCCAUGUCUUCUCCAUUAUAUGCUAUUCAAUAA